AUGUCUGUGACGUUGCAUACAGAUGUGGGAGAUAUCAAAAUAGAAGUCUUCUGUGAGAGGACACCCAAGACGUGUGAGAAUUUCUUGGCUCUUUGUGCCAAUAAUUACUACAACAGCUGUGUAUUUCAUAGGAACAUCAAGGGUUUCAUGGUUCAGACAGGAGACCCAACAAGCACUGGAUGGGGAGGCAGCAGUGUCUGCAGGAAGUUUAAGGACGAGUACAGCGAGUAUCUGAAGCACAAUGUUAGAGGUGUUGUAUCUUUGGCUAAUAAUGGCCCAAAUACCAACGGAUCUCAGUUCUCCAUCACCUAUGGCAAGCAGCCGCAUCUGGACAUGAGGUACACAGUGUUUGGAAAGGUCAUGGAUGGUCUGGAGACUUCAGAUGAACUGGAGAAGUUACCAGUGAAUGAGAAGACAUACAGACCUCUUAAUGGUGUACACAUCAAGGACAUAACUAUUCAUGCCAACCCGUUUGCUCAGUAG